AUGGCGGCGCCGGGCGGGGACGCGAGUGGACGAGCCACUGGAAGAAAUGUUGACAUGAGAAAGAACAUACUCAAUGUUGACUCGAGAGGGUCCUUGCAGUGGAGCCAAUUCUUUCCAUUCCACCACCGAACCCUCUCCUUGCCCCCGUCUCCACUAGUACACUCCACCACCAACCAUCUUGACGCCGGAGACCUGGCUGCUUUCAGAGGCAGUGCCGUGAUCAAGCAUCAGGAUGUCGCCACCGCUUCACACGGGAGGUCACUCGCUGUCAUCGAGCUAGCUGGGGACGCGGACGAGGAGGCAUGGAGGAGGCUGUACCGCUCGGCGGCGAGCAGCAUGGGGCAUGGGAGCAAGAUCGUGAUCACAAGCAGAUCAGAGAAGGUAGCUGCACUUGGAACAGCCAAGGCUCUCAGGCUCGAGGCUCUGCCGCAAGAAGCGUACUGGUACUUCUUCAAGGCGCUCGCGUUCGGGAGCGCGAACCCGGAUGACCAUCCAAAGGUCGCAUCCCUGGCCAUGGAGAUCGCGGAGCUGUCGGAAGGUGCGUUUGUGGCAGGAAACGUAGUGGCAAACCUGAUGAGAGCCAACCAGAGCACCGAGUUCUGGCUCAGGGUGCUUCAGUGCUCGAGAGACUACACCAGGAAGCACCAAGCCAUGUUUGGCAGCCAUCCUAACAAGCUCCUGCGGCAAGGGCAGUCCGUGUACCCCUGGAGGAUGGCCGGGACUCGCGACGUCGUCACAACAGUCUGCAAGAUCUAUCAGAAGCCAUCAUCUGGGGAGGACGAUGUCCCGGGGGUAACCGUGCAAGACAUUCUUUCGGGACGUUCCACGCGCAAGGGAAAUUUCAGUGCAGUGGCAUGGGUAUCAACCGUUCCUCCCUACCGCACCUUCUUGGCGAGCUGUGCGUCGCAGACGGUCAGGUGCUCUACGGCCACCAAGAAGCGCCCGAGGCAUGCCAGGGCGUGA